AUGGCGAAAGAUAAAUCCUCUGCCACCUCGGGCUCCAAGGAAUCCAAAGCCGCCGCCAAGGCAGCUGCCAAAGCGGAGCGCAAGGCCGCGAAACAUGCGCGCAAGGUGGAAAAGUUGGCGAAGAAGGGCGGCGUGACCAAGUCCAAGUCCAAGAAGGAAAAGGAGGUGAAUGGCAAGAAGGAAACGGAGAAGAAAAAGGCCCGAGCCGAGAGGGCGUUGGGUGAGAUCGAGAACGCUAAAGACGAGGAAAGUGGCGAGGAGGAAGAGGAUGAGGACGUCAAAGUCACGGCUGGGGAUGUGGCUUCAAGUGGAGAAGAGGAAGAAGAUACGACGAUGAAUGGUGUGGCGCCCGAGGACUCCGAGGACGAAGAUGAAGAGGCCGAAGCCGCGACGACCGUAGUGGUCAAGAAGGAGGCCCAAGCACCCGUCGUGCGGCCUGUGGGUGCGCUCGUCCCCUUCGCGAAUCCUCUUGCGGAUGAGAAGGUCGCCAAGAAGGUGUUCAAGGGUGUAAAGAAAGCCGCGGCGCACCGCACCCUCAAACGUGGCGUCAAGGAAGUCGUCAAGGCGCUGCGAAAGUCCCCUUCCUCUCAGGUGGACAACGAGUCCUUACCCAUCGGCAUCGUCAUCCUAGCCGCGGACAUCUCGCCCAUGGACGUGAUCAGCCAUAUCCCCGUGCUGGCUGAGGAUCAUCACAUCCCUUACAUUUACGUGACUAGUCGGGCGGAGCUAGGCAUUGCAGGCAUGACGAAACGGCCGACCAGCGUCGUGAUGGUGAGUCGCGAAGUGGGCAAGAAAGCGGCGGAUAAGAAGGACAAGCCCGCGGAGUCGGGAACAGAGCCAUGGGCAGAGACGUACAAGGGACUUGUCAAGGUCGUUGAGCGGGAGGGUCGGCAUGUGAAGGUCUGA